GCUAAAUAUGGAGAGUUGAGUUGAUCAGCUCUCUAGCUGCUUGGUAUUCAUGAUCUCCAAACGACCAAACCUUCUAAUCCAAGAAAGCAAAAGCAAAAGAAAGACCUGCAGAUAAAAGAAAAUAAAAAGUUUUUUAAGUUAGAAAUCAGUAAAUGGGUCGUGGGAAGAUUUCAAUCACAAGGAUAGAUAACAAGACCACAAGGCAAGUUACUUUCUCGAAACGCAGAGCAGGACUUUUGAAGAAGGCUCAUGAACUUUCGGUGCUUUGCGAUGCUCAGAUCGGACUUAUCAUCUUCUCAGGCAAUGGCAAGUUGUUUGAGUACUGCAGUGAUACAACCAGUAUGGAGCAGCUCAUAAGAAGGUACCAGAUUGAAACAGCAGGGAUGUCAUCACGAAUAAUUCAGGCGCAGCACUAUGACACUGAACAAAUGCAUGGUGAACUGACAAAAAUAAGAAAAGAUACCCGUGAUCUUGAACUGAGCCUGAAACUCUACACCGGUGAGGAUUUGAGCUUCGCAAGAUUUGAUGAGUUGGAACAACUUGAGCAUCAGCUGGAGCAUUCUCUACACAAAGUUCGAUAUCGCAAGAUGGAGAUUUUACAGCAGCAAAUGGACAACCUUACAAGGAAGGAGCAAAUGCUGGAAGAUGAAAAUAGCCAAAUGUGCCAUCUGAUAAACGAACAUCAUGAGGCAGCAAUGGAGCAUCAUCAUCAUCAGCUGGCAAUGGUAGCAAAGUGUGGGCAGGAACAUGGAUAUGGACAUGAUCAUCAUCAUCAUCAUGUGUUGGAGGAGUUUCCAUUUGGUGGUGAAGAGGAAGCAAGUAGUAUUCUUCAGCUUGCUACUACUAGUGGUGCUACUCCGCCACCAAACUUUUACCCACCACCACUACCAUUUCGUCUGCAGCCUACUCAACCCAACCUUCAAGAUUUUACUCUUAAUCCAUCCAACUAAAUUAGGGAAUACCAUCUCACACCCUAUAAUAUAUUGUCUAAUCCCACUUAUAUAAAUUUAAACACAUUAAUUACUUUUUCUUUUUGAAUUUUAUGGUGCAUUUUUUACUACAAAAAUUAAGAUGUUAAUAGUUUAAUUUGAGGAUUGAAUUCUAUGGUAUUAAUUAUAUCUUUGGGACACUUGUUUGC